AAACCCUCGCUCUGCUGCCGCGUCCGGCUGCAUUUGUUUGCUCCUCGCCGCGCCGCCACCAUGGCCGCCAGCGCGCCGCCGGCCGACCCGCCGCCGCCGGACUCCUCCACGGCCGAUACGACCGCUUCCUCCCCUCCGCGGCCCAGCCCGGAGGAGCUGGUCGCACGUGCCGUCGCCCCUGUCAAGCCCGCCUUCCUCCGCCCGCCCCCCGUCCGCGAGCCUCCCAAGGAGGAGUGCAAGGCCAACGGCGGCGCGGGUGGCGCCGUCGUCGCGGAGAAGAAGUCCAAGCGUCAGCUCAAACGCGAGCGCAAGCAGGAACAGAAAUCAUCAUCACAUCUUUGUAUUGAAGUAGGGAAAAGUGGAAAUGCGAGCUCUUGCAGAUAUGGUGAUUCUUGUCGUUUCAGCCAUGACAUAAAUGCCUAUUUGGCUCAGAAACCAGCUGAUCUUGAGGGCAUGUGCCCCUUUACCACUCUGGACCAGUUGUGUCCAUAUGGACUAACUUGUCGAUUUUUGGGUACACAUAAGGACAUUCAUACAGCUUCUGGAAAUCUUUCAGAGAAACACGAGAUAAAUGCUUUAAACAAAGACAUUCAAAAGCUCUUGUGGAAGAACAAAUAUAAGUUUCCCAAGGCCAGUGAACAGAUCAAGCUUCUUGGUCUUAAGGAAGUCAUCAAGAGCAAACCGAAUGGUCCAAAUGACGAUAAGAAGGUUAAUCAUGAUAAUCUAGACAAGAAUGGUGAUGAAAAAACAGAUUCUCUUUGCAAUCCUCCUGUAAAUGUGGAAUGUGAUUCUACUUUGUGUGAACAAUUCAAUAGAUCAGAGGGAGAACCUUUGAUUGAUAACUCAAUUCCAUGUGUUGAACCAAGGCCAACAAAGAAACCAAAGGUUGAAGGUGAUGAAAUUAACAAAAAUGGAGCUGGCACUCUUGACACUAAAGUGGAACCUGAAGAUCCUAAUUUGAGUAAUGGAUUGGAAGUACCCUCAAAUAACACAAGUUCUUGCAGAACUGACCUAAUCACAACACCUCAUCUACGUGAAAAGAAGAUAAUAGAUUUUCGGGAGAAGUUAUACCUUGCUCCCUUAACUACUGUCGGGAAUCUGCCUUUUCGGAGACUCUGCAAAACCUUGGGAGCUGAUAUUACUUGUGGAGAAAUGGCUAUGUGCACGAAUCUUUUACAGGGACAAGCUUCGGAGUGGGCUUUGCUGCGACGGCAUUCAUCAGAGGAUUUGUUUGGGGUGCAAAUUUGUGGAGCCUUUCCAGAUACAGUAGCACGAACCGUUGAACUUGUAGAUAACGAAUGUUCAGUUGAUUUCAUUGACAUAAAUAUGGGUUGCCCAAUUGAUAUUGUUGUCAACAAAGGUGCUGGAUCAUCAUUGCUAACAAAACCUAUGAGGAUCAAGGGUAUUGUACAAGCAGCAUCUACUGUUACUGAAAAACCUUUAACCGUUAAGGUAAGAACUGCUUUCUUCGAGGGCAGGAACCGUGCCGAUUCUAUAGUUUCAGACAUCUAUGACUGGGGUGCUUCAGCUAUAACAGUACAUGGUAGAUCCCGGCAACAGCGCUACAGCAAACUUGCUGAUUGGGACUAUAUUUACCAGUGUGCACAGAAAGCCCCGCACCAGUUGCAUGUCGUUGGAAAUGGCGAUGUAUUCUCUUUUACUGACUGGAACAAGCAUAUUUCAGGUUGCUCUAAAAUAUCGACAUGCAUGAUUGCUCGAGGUGCACUCAUAAAGCCUUGGAUAUUUACUGAGAUUAAAGAACAGAGGCACUGGGAUAUUACAUCUGGUGAGAGAUUUAAUGUUCUUAAAGAUUUUGUGAGUUUUGGUCUGGAACACUGGGGCUCUGAUUCCAAAGGUGUGGAAACAACACGCUAUUUUUUACUAGAAUGGCUAAGCUACACCUGCCGCUACAUUCCUGUUGGCUUGUUGGAUGUCAUCCCACAACGUUUGAACUGGAGGCCCCCAAGUUACUGUGGCCGUGAUGAUCUUGAAACCCUAAUGGUCUCUGAUUCAGCAGCUGACUGGAUCAGGAUCUCAGAGAUGUUGCUCGGCAAAGUUCCAGAAGGGUUUACGUUUACACCCAAGCACAAGUCCAACGCCUAUGAUCGAGCUGAAAACGGUUAAUGUGAGAGCUGAAAACGGUUAACUCAUAAACGGUUAAUGUUUACUUGAUUCAGUGUUGUAAUGGAGCAGAGUGAUUUUUUGCUUAAUCUAAACGACAAAAUCUUUGAACGUCAAUUGCUGCUACUGGUAAUAUGUAAUGCGGGAAAUACAGUGAUAAUUUAUGAGUUAUUACAUGGACCGCCAAUAAUUUAUGAUUAUCAAUGUAAUAUGCUUAUUUGAACGGUAUUGUGAUUUAUGGCUUCCUUGGACCGCAAUAUU